GAUGUGGUCGCACGUUUUUACGGCACUUGCAACGCGGCAGGACAGUGAAUAAUUCGCGUCGUGUCGCCUAAAAAACAUACUCUCCUUUACGGCAGAAAAAUUUUUAUCACGACUGACCAAUCGGGUGAAGGAGUGCAAGUGUGGAAAAGUUAUAUUGAUAAUGAAAAUUAAACAAAAAAGUGCGUUUCAGUGAUUGAAAGUGAAAGGAAAUAAAUUACUCAAAAUGCGAUGUGAAAAUUAUUACAACAAAAGAGUGAUUAUUUCUGUUGCGGAAGUGAUGCUUAGAAGUUUUACUUGAAAAAGUGAGCUUUUAUUUAUUGCGGUGGCUUCUGCCCCAACGAAGAGAAGCCUCUAUGGCCAGCAACCAGUAUGGGUCUCAAUAAAAGUAAAAGUAUUUCGUGAGUGCAAUGCAUUAUUAGUGGCAAGUAUGGGGCCUUAAAAGUCUAAUUAAGGCCUGGAAUAAAAAAUAUAAUAAAUAAAAAUUACUCGCACUGAUGUUAAUGAAUAUACACGCACAUAUUUAUGUGUGUACAUAUGUAUGUACAAAAGUACAGGUGCAGUAAAGACAAUACCUUAAUCAAAGGCACUGGAUACGGUUGGUUGGCAGAGAUAUGCCGAUUACUGUUUGAGAUAAACAGGCUGCCUGGGAGGAUGUUUUGAAAAAAGCCCAAUCCCUGCAACUGGCGUCGGCCCAAAAAACAUGGACCUAUGUGAGGGACAGUUUGUUUGGGCUCUGGAAGAGCCGGACAUUGCUUACGAAGCCAACAAAAAGGAGCGGCGCAGGCGAAGUGUCGAAUGUAUUAAACUCAUUACCGGAGAUGCAAUGACCAGGCCCAAUCAUGCAUACCGGACUACGAAAUGCAAUUAGACUGUCGGUACGUCGAGCAGCCAUCAAUACAAGCAACAAGAACUACGCAGUGCGAGUAACGGCAGAGCGAUGAGUUUGCUGUAAUAACGAUUUCCUAGUAUUUCACAGCGCGCGGGGCUGUUAGAAUACAUACUUACAUAUGUAUGUAUGUAGUACGUAUAUCGUGUAUUGUAGCCUAGGGUACUUCUUACCUAAAUGUCAAACUUUGAUCUGGCAAGGAUGAAAUCGAUGCUGCUAUGGUGAUUCUGUGGAAACUUUCAGGGCAUUUCAAAGUAUUUUGGGAUAUGGACAACAAUAUAGCGUAUGGGAUUACAUUGAAAAGCUACACUCUUUAGUUCGAUUAAAAUUCUGGUGGAGUAACAAACCUACGUUUUCGGUUAUGCAAUCGGGGGCGUAAGUGAAAUACUGCACUGCUCUUAAGUAUUCUUGCCAUGAGUUUUGCAAUCAGAAGUCCAUUAAAUUUAUUAGUUGCUAUUGUGUCAUUUAGCAGAAUUUCAUCUUAUGCGCGUAUCUACAGGCGGUGGCGUAAUUUAUUUCUUUAACUGACUUUACCCUCUAGCAACAGUCAGUUUUCCGUUAUGAUGAUUAAACCGGCUAACCGAGCGCACAAAUAAAUAACAACAAAAAUAAAUAAAGUACAACGUACAAUAAUUUAGGUAAAAUGGCAUCGUUGUCGGAAAUUAACACCACAGCAGCAACGACACCCAACGACGCCAUUGACCCAGCGCCGGAAGACAACUUCCGACCAUACGAUGCCGGCAUUGGCGUCGCGUUAAAUGGCAGUGAGGACAGUGAAGACAGCGACUGGUUGAACAACCUCAUGGUGCGCAUUUGGAGUCCACUUGAAAGUUCGAACACAAAUGGGACCCAAACGACGAAUGUGUCCUCAAUGAAUUCUUCUCCUACUGAUAAUCAAACCGUCGCAUUAGCCGACAACGUCAGCAAUACGUUUUAUACAUGGACAUCCGCAUCUAGUGGGUCGGACUCCUAUUUGGAUUCCAAUGCAUCCACAGUAUUCGUUAUCACUUGUAGCUCACCGCUGGCAACAGAUACAAAGCCAACAAACGGAAAUAAAAUAGGAAAUGAAGGGGGUUGCUUCUAUGACGACAACGAAGCAAACACUGGUGUAAUGCCUAAUACUUACACCACGUCACCAAAAGUGCUGUCCGAUGUUGACCUUCGAGCAACGGAAGCUACUGGUUUCGCGGCUGGUGAAGCAGAAGACGAUAUAAAUUUUGCUUUGAUCGAUAGUGCGGAAACGGCGCUAGGCGGCGACACCGAUUAUGAGACUAUAGAAGGCUUUAAUGGUGGCAUUGUAGGCGAUGGAGUCGGGAGCAAGAUUGAGGUGAAAGUGAAUGGAGUUGAUGAGGACACAGCCAUGGUUCGGCAUUCAAUACCGUUCGAAAGUUACGGCUCAACCAGAAACGAUUCGUAUUUUCCUAGUUUUGAUGGCGGUGGAACGGGCGCGUCGCCGAUCGAAAAUGGAAUAAAUGCAGUAGCAGGGGAUAAGAGUGGAAGCACAUUUAUGCUGCUGCUCGAAGACUUCGGAGAUUAUUUUUAUAAUUUUAACGGAACCGGUAGUGGUGUCGGUGACGGUGUCGGGAUUUCGGAUACACAAGCCACAUUAAGUACUUUGAAUGUCACUGAUUUAAUUAUUCGAACUAAUUGCUCAAACAUAACUGAUUUAUGUGUCGUAUCAAGUGAAGAAGUUCUUCCAAAUUAUUGGGCGCUUUUGUUAAUGGUGUUUCCUUUGGUGACAUUGUUUGGCAAUAUUUUAGUUAUUCUAUCAGUGUGCCGCGAACGAUCUCUACAAACGGUUACAAAUUAUUUUAUUGUGUCAUUAGCGAUAGCCGAUCUAUUAGUUGCUGUAGUGGUGAUGCCGUUUGCGGUUUAUGUUCUG